AUUCAAAUUCCAAAAGAUAACUUUAUCUUUCCGACGAUAUUCCUUCCAUAUAAACCAAAUAUAGCCUAACAUACAUCGAAAGGUAUGGCUCGAAGGAUUCCCUGGAGAAGAAAUUGCCCUGAUGUUGUUCUGAACAGAAUUGAGGAAGCCAUUCAAGCUAGAAUUUAUCUUCUUCGCGAGACAGGCCCCACAGGAUUUCUUUUGAAGGAAGAUGGCUUGGAUAAGAAAUUUAAGGUGUUUUUGGGCGAUCAACAUUCUUGUACUUGUCAAAAUUUCACAAAGGAGAAGGAGCUAUGUAUUCAUAUCCUCUGGGUGCUUCUCAAAAAAUUUCGAGUUCCUAAGGAAAAUCAGAUUAUAUUUCAACUAUCACUGGUGGAACGUGAGAUUAAUGAAGUGAUGAAGGGAGGCUACUCAAGGUCAAACAGAUCAAAGAGGAAGGAUUCUGGUAAAGAUAUGGCAAACUCUGAUGAUCGAGAGAAACUUAAACAGAAACAGAUCGAGGAAGAAGAUGUGUGUCCAAUCUGUCAGGAUGAGUUGCUGCAGAAACCUGAACCACUAACUUAUUGCAAGUAUGGCUGUGGUAAUAGUAUUCAUGUAAAGUGCAUGAAAAUCUGGGCUGAACAUCAACGUUCCACUGGAGAAACCAUCAUCAAGUGUCCUCUUUGUAGAAUUGACUUUGGGACUUUGCAGGAAUUAAUGGAUGAGUUUCACAAAUCCUCUCGACGUAAAACAAGAGCAGAAAGACAAGACCUUCACCUUGGUGCAACUUGUAAGAGAUGCAGAGUUUGUCCCAUAGCUGGAAAAUGUUACAGGUGUGUUGUUUGUGCAGAUUAUCAUCUGUGUCACUCUUGUUUUGCCACAGACACACAUUUACAGCAUUCUUUCCAGUUUAGACAGAAACCCAGUGAACGAUGGCGAGCAGCUUCACGGAUAACUCCUUUACCCAGUGCAGUAAUGAGUGACUUGGAAAAUAGAGAUAUUUCUGAGAGUGAUUAUGAAUUGCUGUUGCAACUUGACAGGCAGGUUACUGAUCAGGAUGGCAUCCCUGCAAAUGUGAUCCACAGUUUACCAACGCAAGUGUUGCAAGAUGGACACAGGCUGUUGGGUGACAGCAGCAACUGUGGUGUCUGCUUACAAGGAUUUCAAGUCCACCAGUGCAUCAGAACUCUUCCAUGUCACCAUCCUUUUCACAUGACUUGUAUUGACAACUGGCUUUCAAACCAUUCACAGUGCCCUGUGGAUGGCUCUUAUGUUGGAUCUGUUAUUACCACAGCACCCAGGCCACCAAACAGACAAAUGGUGUCAGGAGUGGGGCAACUUAGGUCUGGACCAAAAGGCAGUCAUGCAUUAGGAGGGGCUGGGAAAAGACCAAGCCAGAGAUUAAAAGGACUUAAUGAUAGUAGCAACUCAGCAGCAAGUUUACCAAGUAGUUUUACUCUCAGCGGAUCUCAAUUGAUGGUAGUACAAAAUGAUAAGUCUCGGUCCAAUGGAGACAUUCAGAUUCCCAGUCAUGACCGUGUGUCAUCCGUAGAGCCUCCGCUAAUGGAUCAGCCUCACAUUAUUCCCCACGUGGGUCUUUUUCGAGUAUCUUCAGCGGGACGGGACAAGACGCGAUCUCAACACAGAACUUCUCCUGAAUCCUCCGCUGGAAUAAAAUCGUUCACGCGGUACAACUUAAAUUUUAAUCCUGUGAAUGCUUCUAAACCACCCAUGCCGCCUCAAAGUUUGAACAAUAAUAGAAGUUCGAGCAGUGAAACAAGGAGGCCGAGGGCAAAACUGGACAGAACUCAACGAAGCAGUUCGGUUGGAGAACUUAGUUUGUUCGCAUCAGGCACCGCUGUGUCACUUGGAUCGCAGACUCCGCCAUUAAACACAGACAAGAAACUUAAAGGACAGCUUAUGAAAGGAAAGCUAACAACCAAGAAUUCUCGGCAGUCUCUAUCGGACCCAGGCCUAGCCGUGACGUUGGAGCCUAUUGUUGGCUCUGGAAUAUCAGUUUACCUCCCUCCUGUUGAUAUAGAUUGAGUCAAACAUAAUUUGUAAUGAAUAAUGAAAAGUGUGCAGAGGGAAAAAAAAUUCAAGACCGACACGAGAGGAAAAAGAGUCAGUUUUGUUUG